AAGAUGCAUUCACCGUUCAAUCGGAGUUGCUACAUGUCAGGAUUAUCACACAGCACGGUUCUUAUUGAUUAUUAGUGUAAUACAUGUAAUGGAUAAGUACUAGUUCAAUUGUGUGACGAUAUCCUUUUUACGUCAACAAUCACUUGACAUCUUAGCCCAAAAAAGUUACUCAAUUAGGAUUUUAUGAAAAUUCCAAGCUGCUUUGAACGCAACGGACCAUCGAACGUCCAGUCAUCUUCCAACGGCCGAUACAACACUCUUGAGCAAAUUUCCGCAAGUGAGCAAUAAAGGGCACGAUACCCGUGCCAGUGUGUUUAACUGGGGUGUCAUUUGUAAAGUAGGGGGGGGUCGCAGACCAGUGAGUUAGUCGAAUUUUCUCUGGAAACAAGCAAAAAAAAAAAAAGGCUCAGAAAAUAAUUUAAUAAGACAGAGUGCGAAAAAAAGCCGUGUCUCAUAUAUAUAUUGAGUGGAAAGAAGCAGCGGGAAUAAUAGCUUUUAGCGCUUUUUUUGAUGCUUGUGUGCGUCGUGAGUGCAUUGAUCCUUCCUCUUCUUCCGCCCCAGACGUGCGCGUACUCGUCUGCUGACGUGCGCGUGUGUUUACAAGUGAGUUUGAACGAGUGCCAGCAGCGAGGCAAUCGGGAGGCAUGGUGGACAACUCCGGCAGUAGUAAGGCGCAAAUGCCCAGCAUGUCUCAAGAGCCUGGUGUAGCCUUUCCUCAGAGCACCUCCACGGGGGGGAUGAAGCUGGAGGCGGUGAUGGAGCAACUUCAGCGCCAGCAGCAAGCCCGGCUGGAGAUGGAGCGCAAAGAGAGGAAGCUGCGCGAGGCCCACAUCAUGUAUGCCCAGCAGGUGGCUGCCCAACAGGCCAUCCUAGCCGCGGCAAGGGCCUCGGGGGCCAACUUCAUGGGCAAGGGCCUGGCCGGAGCGUUGCCACCUCCGCUGCCGCCACGUGUAACCAAUCAGAGCAGUGUAGACUCUGAGAAGGAGGACGAUGAGGACCGGGGCCGCGACUCGGCCGACGAGGAUGACGACAACGAGAUGAUGGAUGGUGAUGAGCGCAGCGAUGAGGAUGGGGAGAGCGGAAACGUUGCCGGCGGCCUCGAGUUCCUCCGCAAGCAGACGCUGGCGUUGCAGCAGAGCGCCGCUCGCAUGCCGCCUGCCCGACCUUACGGCAGCUUUGUGGCGUCGGCACCACAGAGGGCGCCGUCCCCGCCCAUCAGGGUCAAGCAGGAGCCCGAUGAGGACCUGUCGCCAGCGGGUGCUCACCAGGCCACUUCCCCCAACGGCCAGGCUGACUGGAGCUUUGACGACCACUUCAGACAGAACGGAAGCGCAAGCUGGGCGGACGAGGCGGACAGUAGCAGAGGAAGAGGAGAAGCCUCCAGAGACUUUGCCAAGUUGUACGAGCUGGAUAAUGACCCCAAAAGGAAGGAGUUUUUGGACGAUCUCUUUACCUUCAUGCAGAAACGAGGCACCCCGGUCAACCGUAUUCCCAUCAUGGCCAAGCAAGUGCUGGAUCUUUACAUGCUGUACAAGCUGGUGACGGAGAAGGGAGGCCUGGUGGAGGUCAUCAACAAGAAGAUCUGGAGAGAGAUCACCAAGGGACUCAACUUGCCCACCUCCAUCACCAGCGCCGCAUUUACCCUGCGCACACAGUACAUGAAGUAUUUGUACCCCUACGAGUGCGAGCGUAAGGGCCUUAGUUCCCCGGGCGAGCUCCAGGCCGCCAUCGACAGCAACCGACGCGAGGGCCGCCGCCCCAGCUACAGCAGCAGCCUCUUCCGUUUCUCGCCGUCGCCCAGCACUGCCCCUCACAUCCUAUCGCCUCCCAAGAUGCACCUGUCCGCUAUCGGGGCUGGCACCUCUGCGGCCCUCAAUGGCCUCCAGGGCUCGCCGGGGUCCGUCCUGAAGAAAGAUGACCUGACUCCCUCCAUCAUGGCAGCCAGACCCUCCAUGGCCCUGGCGUUGGGGCAACAGCAGGUGGCGGGCCUGGCGCGCGCCGCCACGCUGGAGCAGCUCAGAGAGAAGCUGGAGACCACCGGGGGCGGCGUGGCAGAGGGCCCCGAGAGGAAGAUGGCGCGCCUGGCCGAGGAGCAGCAGCGCCUCAUGCAACAAGCUUUUCAGCACAACUUGCUGGCCAUGGCCUCACAGAUGCCCAUGAACCUGCGCCUCGGGGCCCCCGCUGUCACCCCCAGAGAUGAGAAGCAGCAGGACAUGUCUCUGAGCAUCUCCACCAAUGGCAAUGCCAGCAUCACUGUCUCUGUGGAGGUCAAUGGCACAAUGUACUCAGGAACACUCUUUGCCCAGAAGGCCGGAGGCUUGCUGGGGCCCACAGUGUCCACUGCCGCCUCGGCCUCCACCAGUGCUGGCUUUGGCUUCUCCGCACCCCCGAGGCAGACCCUCAGUCCCACGUCGUCCUCCUCCUCCUCCUCCUCCAGGGCCCCUGGUUCGGCUGAGCCGGCUCCCAAUGGGUCACCGUAACUGGUCCCUUCCUGAUGCCCCCCCCCCACCCCCCCAAAAAAACAUCCCCUCUCUCCCCCAUGCCCCGGGCCCAGCAUGAAUAUUCUGUCCUGUGAGAAAGAUUACAGACUGUUGCACAACAAAUACCUCAUGAAGCCUGUCCACCUCUUGGCUGUCCAAUCGUGAACACAAAAGCUCAAGAAUAGAACAUGACAACACAACUAUGCAUUUCACACGCACGCACACAUAUACACAACACAUACACACACGAACACAAACUCAUGCUAGACACAAUCAGCGCAGCCAAAAACCCAUUGACAGGUGUCGUCACAACUGAACUUGAAAAAAUCUUUUUUUUUUUCUCCAUUUUGUCAUCUUUAUUUUUGAUUCUGUAUUUUUAGAAUGAUUUUUUUGCUGUUUUUACAUACCUCAAUCACCCAACCUGCAGUGGUGUUUUUUUUUUUUUUUUUUUUUUACCUCAGGAGCUCAACCGCAUUUAACCUCAAUGUUUUCAUAUGCUGUUUUUUUUUUUCUUUAACUUUUUUUUUCUCUUUUUGAGUCAGGUAUUUUUUUCCUCAAGUGGAUGAUGGGACGCCAUAAUCGGCACGGGUGAUUUCAAGGAAAAAAAAAAUGAAAAAAUACCUCAUGGUCCUUCCCUUUGAAGUGUGGUGGGGGCGGCUCACGUCGGAAAUGUGCGACGGAACAGAUGGGAUACUGCCCCACUUCGUUGGACCAUCCUCAAAAUACAAAAUGGUGUCCCUCUCUCAGGUAUUUGGGGAAAGAAAUCAAAUAUGCUCCCACCAGACCCCUACAGACGAACUUGGAAAAAAUACCUCAUGAGACUCUCCGUGGAGAGCCACACUGCAUAUACCUCAUAGGGCAAUCGUGAUGGAAGAAGCCCCCACAGCCGCUGCCCCUCCCUUCCCCAAGAAGUGGGAACUGACAAAGAAAAUGUCUACUGCUUCUGCUGCUGGUUUUUGUAACACACACACACACACCUCAUUUCUCUUCCUUUUUUAAUUUCAGUUGUACCACUUUUUUGGGUGGGUUGGGGGGGUCUUUUCCAUGAUUAGACCUUGGCUAGGAAUGUUGUUAAUUGGGGUUUCUUGUUGCAUGCGUACAAUCACAUGAACUUGAACUGAUUUUUAGCCUCCGUUUAUUAUUGCACAGCUACUAGAUACCAAAAAAGGUGGUCGCCGUUGGUUUCUAAUCUAAUGUACAAGGCAUGGAGAUGCUGGAAAAAAAAAAGCUUUAUUAGAUUUUUGUCUUUCUUCCUGAACACAGUUAGUGCUUGGCUAUUGCCUCCGAAAAUGUGGUGGGGGCGGGGGAACAAUAUGCAGAACAGUGACAAAAUAGCCGCCUCACAGCUGUAGCCAGUUAGCUGACAUCAGUGUAGCAUCUGGUGUGAUGUAGAAAAUAAUUGUGGGACAAUUGCCUUCAACACAACAGGCGGGAGAAAGUGUGCAUCCAUUAUGGCGUUUCCAUAGACACGAUUUUCACACAGCAUCAUGACAUCCUGAAUUUGGAUUCUUAGUACUAGAUUAGCUUGUUUCCCUCAGUCUGUGUUGAUGCCAUUACAGAGCACAUUGAGGUUAUGAAUGGGUCAACCAGAUCAGAAGCAUUUAGCCGCUUUUUCAUCAGAACCAAUCCUUGAGAUUUUGUCAUCGACAACAUGAGAGGAGAAGUGUGUGUAACACUUGAAAACCACGUUUACCCAUAACGGUGACACUGUAAAAAAAAAUAAAUAAAUAAUAAAAUGCAGAAAAAUCCCAGGUUUCUUGUAAAAGGUGCUACAGGCAGUUUUCAGUGCUUUAUGACAAGCCGUUUCAGCAUUUAUUCAUUUUCCUUCUCGUGUUGGAUUGUCUUACUAGAAAGGAACAAGAGCGUACUAGUACUUGGACCUUAAAUUAAUAAUUGGUCAAGCAGCUUUCCAUUGAGUGGGAUUUGGAAAUAUCCUUUGUUUCGUUUCCACCUUGAGAAUGUCCCAGUGUGUCCUGCAGAGGGCAGCAUUGUUGCCACAUAGACUCUGCAAGGGUAUUGUACUACUAGUGAGCAUUGCUAGGCGCUGCCUUAAAAGACAAGUUUGUAUCAAAUAUUAAUAAUAAUGCAUCAGAUUUAUAUGGCGCUUUUAUGUAACACACAAUGAUGAAUCAUUUAUUCAGGUGGGCAUCAUGUACACAUCACAUUAGUUUGGUAUUUAUUUUUUCCUUUUUCACAACCUAAUGGAUCUUGUAGGACCGACACGGACAGAUCCUUUAGAGCGGCUCUACUAAAAACUUUUUGGGCCUAGAAUGACUGUUUGCCGGUGUGUAUGUGUGGGCAUGUGUGAUAAAGUUCAGAUACAUAUGGUCUGUAACACACAUUAGCAUCUUUGCAUUUCAUACGGGGUUCAGUUUGGCAAUGAUGAGCACCCGGUUUGCUGACAAUCCUCCAAAAAGCUGCUAGACAGCUUUUAUCCUGCUUUGUGUAUGCUAAUGUAUAAAUGAGUUUGCCAUCAGUAGUGUUGGUACAUGUCAUGUUUGGCGAUAAUCCCACAAAAAUCUCUCCUCUCGACAUUCUGGGAUUUGAACGAGCAAUUCUUAACAUUAGCUGAUGAGCUGGGUGAUACCUGUGUGAACAAGUUCUGGUUCAUACCUUCGCGUCAUUGCCACUGGUGUAUGUCCACUUUGCCGACAAUCCCCCCCAAAAGCCACGAAAAUCUCUUGACUGAUUUGGCGCAUGCUAUAAAUUUAAAUUGUUCUGCAACAUACAGUAGCAUCAUUAGCAUUGAUGUGGGUGGAGUUUAGCUCCUAAAACCCUCCGGUUUGCUGAGAGUCCAACAAAAAAGCUGAUGGUGGCUAUUUUCUGCUGUCCAGGAUUUGAACUAGCACUACUUCACAUGAGCUGGGAGCAAUUGUUAGCAAUGAUGUCUGUGUGAACAAGCUCAGCUACACACUUUAGCAUCAUUAGCGCUGGGGUACGUCCAAUUUGCUGACAAUCGCCCCCAAAAGACACUAGGAUCUUAAUGACUUCGGGGGAUUAUUUUACUAGCACCUCCUCUAGUUUACAUGACAUACUCUGUUUGUUAUAUUUUUUCUGCAAUAAAUUAGCAUCAUUAGCGUUCACGUGGGUGGAGUUUAGCACCUAAAAACACUCACUGCCAAUAGUGGCUGUUUUUUUGCUAUCAGGGAUUUGUACAAGCAACAAUUCCUGCUAGCUGACUAGGGGAUGCUAAUUUUAUCGACAAAGUGUGUGUGAACAAGUUCCGCAACCUUAGCAUCAUUACUUAAUUACUGCUAAACGCCAAUUUUGUUGACAAUCCUCUGAAACGCUACUGGCGUCUCUUUUCGAUUAUCUGUGAUGCGAACUUUCCACUAGCCAACUUGCUAAUGCACAAGUGAUGCCACUUUAUGCUUAUUAGGUGCAGUCAGACUUUGUGAUACUGUCACUUCCGAUAGUAGAAGAUACUGGACGGAAGCUAGCAUUAGCAUUCAAGGCUAGCUCAAUCUAAGUGAAUGCGGCUGUCGUGAUAUUUCUGACAUCAUUUAAAAAGUGCUUAAAAAAAAAUACCCCCAACCCCCUUUUUCACACCACAAUACCUCAAUGCGGCUAGCGAGAACAUUCAAGGUAAACAACAAGGAAAGAAACAGCGCCGCGGCUUGGCUGAAUGCUACUUAAGACUGACUGUUUGCUGUUCCAUUUUGGGAGUUUUUGUUUGUUUCUUUGUUUAGUCGGCAGUAACUGCAGUCGAGCUCAUCACACGGGAAGCUGUCAAGUUCUGCACGUUUAAAAAAAAUAAUAAUUAAAAGUGGGGGGGAGUUAAUUUAGCUUUAAGAUAAAGAACUAACCUGAUCUUUGUUUCAAUAAAAAAUUGUAAAAAUUAAAAAAAAAAAAGCAACGAAAAUAUAUUAAAUGAAAAAAAUCAGCGCAUUAUGCAAAAUGGUUAUCAGAUACCUCAUUUAUCAAUUUUCUUUGAUGUUGUCUUUGGCUUGUACAAUGCUCCGUAUAUUCUUUCAACUGUGGGGUUUGUGCAUAUUUUUGUACUGUUGUUAUGCGGACAUGAUGAUGAUGAUGAUAUGACUUCUAUAUAAAUAUUAUAGUUUUUUUUUCUCUGAUUCAAACAACAACAAGGAAAAAAGAAGAACGUGGACAAAACGGCGGUGAAUGCUUGUUAAAACGUUUGUUUUUUUGUGCUGAUUGUAUUUAAGAGGAGCACUUUUUGGCAAAGUGGUUUUCACACAUUCACUUUUGUUCAUAUGGUUAGUAAUAUAAAGACGUGGUUCUCAGGGCUUUAAACUUGUUUGUCAUGAUAAAGUUUUACUUUAUAUCUUAA